AUGGAAACAGACCGGAAACCAGCAGCCAGCAUUUGUGUAAAACCUGUGGAACUGCCAGGGUCAGAGCUCAAGGUCUGGGGCGUACAAGGUCUGGGCAUCUGUCAGUCUGAUGGGGCCAGAAGCGAGCAGCGCGAGCGAAGGCAGAUGCGGGCCAAGUCCCAUAAGCGGCAGCCAAAGCAGCAAUACAGAGAAUGCCAGGAGCUGUUGAGCCUCUAUCAGAAGUAUCUCUCCGAGCAGCAAGAAAAGCUCACGCACUCUCUCUCGGAGCUCGAGGCCGCCAAACAGAAGGAACAUCAGAUGUCCCACCAGAGAAGCCUCUGUCAGCCGCAUCUGGAGCCGGACGGGUCGUAUCUCAAUAUAGCGAGACCGCAGACUCUGUACAGAAACAACCGAGGCACUCCUUUUGCACCUGCGGCUCAACGGUGUCAAGACAGCCACGCCCCCGAGGUUUCAAUCCACGAUGGCAGGCCAGAAGACUGGAGCGGCAGCCUGCCGGAACACCGGCUACACGGGAAAUGCAACAACCUGGUGUCCCCCGGCAAGUCAAAGGCGCUUCCCCGUGUGAAAAGAACUCCUGACGCUGGUCCAAGGAACAACGAAUGCCCCCUUUCAACGUGUGCUUUCCACCAGAAGGCUUGCAGCGCAGAUCGCAGCUGUCUCCAAGAGGGCCACCACACUCCAAGAAGACCUCCCGGGCCUCACUGCGGACCGUCUCCGGACCGCCCUGGCCCGUCGCUUUCCUCGGGGCCGAAUGGCAGCACGGGCUCCAGUUCGAAAGAGGAGGGGCGGGGCAAGAGGCUGUCAGAAGAGAGGAGGAAGCAGCUCCUGCUGCAGAAGAUGGAGCUGGAGAUUGAGAAGGAGCGCCUGCAGAACCUCUUGGCCGAGAAGGAGGCCAAGCUCUUGCUUCAGCAGCAGCAGCUGUAUCAGUCCAGGCUGGCUUACGACAGGUGUAAAGGGCAUCCUCCGAAUUCAGAAGACCUUCUCGUUGACUCAGUGCUGAUGAGGCCAGGCGGGCUGGCCCCUGCGAUGAAUGGCCCCGGUAGGGUCCUCAG